AUGUAUCAAUCACGUACGUUAUUAUCGUAUGAUAUUUUACAUGGAAUUCAUAUGUCCACUAAUAUGUCAGUUAUAAUUGCUUAUCUAAGUUAUUUUCCACCACCACCACCUAUUAUUCCUGGUCCACCAAGUCAUCGUUUUCGAACAUAUUCAUCUCAUUCGGUUUCAUCAUUAUCAUGUUUUGUAUCGAAUGAUUGUUAUCCUCAAUCAUUAAAUGGAUAUAUACCUCUCAUUGAUAAUAAUCAAACAACAAUAUUAACAAAUGUUUCUCAUACUACAAAGAAUUUUUCAUAUACAACAAAAUCUUUAUCUUUAUCUAAUAACAUAACUAAUUUAUUUCAAAAUCAUUUUUUCAUAAUGUUCUUAUUAAUUCUUCUAGUAUCAAUAAUAUUAUUUUUAUUGUCUUUAUUAAUAUUAUUAAUUUAUAUUAAACGAUAUAAACAAAAUCACAUAAGAUCAAAAAAUAAAAAUAAAAAACAUUAUAAUCGUUUAAUAGCAUAUCGUCGACAACGUCCAAAAUCAAUAAAUAAUAACGAACAUAAUUUAAUACAUUUAAGAAAAGAUUCUCUUACACCAAAUCUUACAAGAUUAUCAAUAUCAACUGAAAUACAUACAAAUAAUAAUAAUAAUAAUAAUCAAACUGAAGAAACUGUUUAA